AUACCUGCAAUGUAUUGAAAGUAAUAAAUCGUUUUCUGAAAUAUCUCGGGCGAUGGGAAUGGGGAACAACUCAUAACUACCUUUAUGAUCCCAGCAAGUCAGGUGAGUUUUUGACCUCCAUGUAACGGAAAACAUACCAAUGAGUAAGGUGACCUUGUUUCCCUAUAAAUAUCCAGACUAAUGGAAACAAUCUUAUAUUUCAGCGGCACUCAGCAGGUUUUAGUUUUAAAUUAAUUUUUCAUCUUUCUAUUUACCCUCUUUUUAAAUGUUUUAUUUAAUUUCACCUUAGUUUUUAAAAUAUAAGAAAAACCGUAUACAUUUUCUUAUAGAAAGUGUGAUCCUUUGUAAUAUUUGGCAAUUGGAGUGGACUAUGUGGGCUCCAAAACAAAUGUAUUGCAUUUGAUAGAUUUUGGCCUCAUUAAUAUGGUACUGGCAGCUGCUGAGCUGUGUAACUAGAUUUGAUAAGGAAUUAGAUUUCUGGAGUGAGAGGGUGUGGCUAAAGACAAAGGCUUAUGAUUCGUCCUCCUCCUGCUUUCCUUCUUAGCCACACCCCCUUACUCCAAGACUUCCCUACCAAAUCUAGGCCCACAGCUCAGCCACUGACCGUUGAUUGAUUGACAGUCACAUCAUAUGCAAAUAUUUUUAUUUAUUUUUUUAGAUGACAUUUUUAAAAGCCAGUAUAUUCACCUUAUUGAUGCUGGCUUGGAGAUAAAUACAGCCUACCCAUUAAUUCUCAGGCCAGAACGCAAGGUGGACCUCAUUCUAUCUUUUGAUUUCAGUGAAGGUGACCCAUUUCAGGUAAGUGUGUGUGUGUGUUAGAAAAAAAAUAUACAUACAUACAUAUUUGUUUUAUGUCAUAUUACAUGUAUUUUACUCAUCAUUGCAUUAUUGUAAUUUUGUUACCCAGACAUUGACUGACGCAGAAAAGUAUUGUUUAAAAAAUAACAUCCGAUUUCCUAAGAUAAACAUUGAAGAGGAAGAAAAAAAUAUCCCAUCACAAAACUGCUACAUAUUUGGGAACGAUGAAAAUGAUGUACCUGUGGUGAUGCAUUUCCCACUUUUCAACAAAAUGAAUUGUAAAG